AUGGCCAAGCCGUACAACAGACCAGAAGAUACGAAGAAAUCACGGCAGUCUAGCGACAAGCAGGUUAUCCCGGCAGACUCUGUCACUCUCUUAUCCAUCAAUACUCCAUUCGUUCUGCACAGCUUUCUCUUAACCAUCCAAGCCGAUCCGGAACUCCGCCGUGCCUUCUUUCCCAUCCAUAUAGGUCUCCCAGCGCGCCCCAGAUGGAAGUUAGCCCGGCAGGUCUACAUUGAGGUUUACAGCACUCGCGAAAACGAUCUAGAGGGGACCGUAUUAGAACGUGCGGCCAACAUAGGACUGUUGAAGCUUGGUGUGGAUGCUGGGAACGACAAUUAUAUUGCAAAGCCUACGUCGCGCUGGACUGCGAAUGUGGAGAUUCCAGGUGUGAAAGAGAUUGAAGUCGCGAGGCAAGCUAUGUUGGAUACCAGCAAGAGAUCCCAACAUUUCCUUUGUCCGCUCUCUCAGGUCGGAUUUCAAGAGCAAUGGAAGGGUUGGGCUGAUGUACCGCCAUGCUAUCGCCCUAUGUUGAGGUUCUACUACCCGUACUACUUUACGCUUCGCAACCUCUGCGCACCCUACCCCAUAUCCCACCCUUCCCAAUCGUCUCCAAUCUCGACUCCCCCUGUCACACCUUUCCAGCCAAGCGACAAUUCGAGUCCGAUCCAGCCGUAUAUCGAUCGCAUUUUGAUCAUGAAUGCCACGUAUUCCCCUCCUUCACUCUUUGCAACUCAUUUGAGUGCAUCCCAGAGAUCAAUUAAGCGGAAGAUGAGGUCCGAUCGAUCAUCUGGAAAGGCCGACGUAGAAGGAGAGAUCAGGCAUGGGUUGUCCUAUGAGCUUACCCGGAGGUCCGAAGAUAUGUCUUUACAAGACGUACCAGAGUCGAAUAUACCUCAAAAUCGAGAAGAAGGCGAUCGAGGGCAGGGAACGGGGAGUGUGGUGGCUAUGAACGAAGACGGUAUCGGAUCUAAGGAAAAGGCAAAGAGGAUUCAGAAGCGUAUCAUAGACAUCUCGGAAAGGGAAUCCCUCAUCGGCACCGAUCUCCCCAUCAGCCCGCCUCCUUCUCCCCAGCUGCCAUUCGGGUUCUUGUCAUCCGGAUCCAGCACCGCAGUCCGCUCCCAGCCCAGCUCUCACCUCUCGGAGUCGAUCUCUAGCAGACACCCCACUGGCAUGCCAAAUGGCAGGCCGCGAUGGAGAGUUUCCUCCCGAUCUCCCACGCCAGAGAGACGGUCAUACGCGGUCAAGGUCGGAAGAGGUGAGGAUGUUGCUGGAGAAAAGCGUAUCAAAGCCGUCGUGUACAACUCGCCUCACGCCCCUGCUGCCCUUCCCUCGGCGAGACCCGAAGAGUACCAAUGUCCCCCAACGUAUACCCCUCCUCUCAGCGCCAGACGAACCCCGUCGCUACCGUUGGCCUCUUCCGGACACUUGCCUCCUACCCAUGGCAUAUGUCACGCUGUGACCGAUCUGGCUACAAGCUCGUCGGGUCUUGUUGGUGAUGAGGAUCCCUUCCAAACACCUCCUUCCCUACCAGAGCUCAAUCCUGUUCCGACUCCUUCCCAAUCACCCCAACUAGUCGCCGCACAACCAGCCUCACCGCGUAAGCGAAAACGUCCAUCGUGGGUCACCUGUACCCCUCCGAAACCCCGUCCCAAAUCGAAUUCUCUCCCUCGUUCUCCGUCCCCUUCCCCAGCAUUGUCACCCGAGAUAGACAUAAAAAUUGAGCCGGAUGAGCUCAUGCCAAUCAAGGAACAGGUGGAGGAUAUGGCAAGACGAGAAGCAGCGAGAUUGGCUCAGAGACAAACCAAGUUGACGGGAAAGAGAAGGGGGAGUGGCUGCUCACAGCGGGGAGAUAGAACGAAACGUAAAAGUUGGGCUUGGUCAAGCAGAUGA